AUGUCAAAAUUUCGACGUUGUUAAACAUGUCUUUGCCUUUAAUGAGUAACGGUAGGUUUAACGGAAUUAUUAUACAAAUCAAGGAAGGGAACUAGAGGCUUUAAGGGUCGGAAAGGGAGCCGGAGCCCCGCCGCGGAACACUCGCCGGAGGCAACCUCUGACAGUUGAAAGGGAGAAAUGAAAUGAUGGGGUGUGUACAAGCUUGUGUAAUUGUGUGUUACUGACUGAUGAGAGUGUGUAUGUGUAUUUGCUGUGUGUGCAUGAAGUUUGUGUGGGUAAUGGCGGCGACGUAACGGUUGAGCCGUCGAGGGGUUGAUGGCGAUGGGAAAAUGAGGGAUGGGAAGGAUGGAUGGUGUGAUGGUGAGCGUGUGUAAUAAGAAUUGAUGAGAAGUGCAUAAUUAUGUUAAUAAAAGAAGAAUAAGAUGUAUGAUAAUUGCAUAUUAAAGAUCCAAGUCACAGUAAAUUUAAUAAAAUGUAUAAAAAAAAUAAAUGUAUAGUUAAUACUACUUAAUAAAAUUUUGAAUGAUUCACCGAUGACUAUGCAAAUAUGAGAGUAUCUUGUGCCGCAGGUUAGACAUUCCGAAAGGUUCUGAACAUAGAGUAAAUUUAAUGUUUUUAUUGUUUGUGGAGUUAAAUUACAAGUGUAGUGACUAGUGACUGUCAGAACAUUCUUAUAUGUAUUGCUAAGCAACCAUGGGAUUGUACAAAAGAUCCAAGCUUUUUCUUGAUUUGUUUAAAAAUUACACCUCAAAAAUAACUCCCAGCAGCACCAUUAAACAGUCAAUUCCUAAAAUAAAUCAAUAUGAAUCAUCUUUUUCAAGCGUGAACAACAGUAGAUUAUAUGGGUUUUCUCCAAUUUCAAGGAAUUGGGGGUCUAAUUAUGGGUAUAAAAAGAAAGAAUUGGGCGUUUUGGUUGGGAAAAGAUUUUACUAUGUUGAUAGACAUCAAGUUCGUCACUUUAGGCCAAGAGGGCCUAGAAAUUGGUUCGAGAAUCCAAGAGACAUUUUUAUUGUUAUGGUUUUUGGUGGUGGUGUUGUGUUUACUCUGUAUUUUGGGAAUUUGGAGACGAUACCGUAUACCAAGAGGACACAUUGUGUGCUCUUACCACCGGGCUUGGAGAAGAGGUUGGGUGAUUCGCAGUUUGAGGAGAUAAAGGAACAAUUUAAGGGGAAGAUAUUGCCUGCGAUUCAUCCGGAUAGUGUUCGAGUUAGGUUGAUUGCCAAAGAGAUUAUCGAGGCAUUACAAAGGGGGUUGAUCAGGAAGGAACAGGUGUGGACUGAUGUGGAUUAUAGUACGGCCAAUGUUGGGGUGAGUGAGAGUGGUGGCGAUCAGACUUUGAUGGUGUUAACUGAUGGUGCUGAAGCAAAUUGGAGUAAAGAAGAUGAGGUUCUUGAUGAUAAAUGGGUCCAGCAAAGUAGGAAGAAAGGGGAGGAGAAAGGUGUGAAGCCCUCGAUUUCUCAUUUGGAAGGACUGAACUGGGAAAUAUUGGUUGUGGAUAAACCUGUUGUUAAUGCAUUUUGCCUACCAGGUGGGAAAAUUGUUGUUUUUACGGGAUUGCUAGAAAAAUUUAAGACGAAUGAAGAGAUUGCAACUAUUAUCGGACAUGAGGUUGGUCAUGUUGUUGCGCGACAUUUAGCUGAGGGGAUAACAAAGAACUUUUGGUACUCCAUCAUACAACUGAUUCUUUAUCAGUUUGCUACGCCUGAUAUAGUCAACUCCAUGUCACAUCUUUUGUUAAGACUGCCCUUUUCAAGGAGGAUGGAGAUGGAAGCGGAUUACAUAGGGCUAUUACUACUUGCUUCUGCUAGAUAUGAUCCUAGCGUUGCACCUAAGGUUUAUGAGAAGUUGGGCAAAAUUACCGGGUCAUCGGCCAUGUUAGACUAUCUUUCUACACAUCCCUCUGGGAAAAAGAGAGCCAAGUUGCUUGCUCAGGCUAAGGUUAUGGAAGAAGCAGUCUCUAUAUAUCGAGAAACCCGAAUGGGGCACGGAAGUAUUGAAGGUUUUCUUUAGGAGUACUAUCAAAUGCAUCAUGGAUGCUUGCAUCUAAUGUCACUGAUGAGUCAGUAGCACAGACUACAGAUGUAAACAAUUUAUUUCUGUGUUGUGUGAUCUGAGUUGCACUGAUGGUUUAUUUAAUCGUAAGAACUUAAUCAAAGGAUUUGCUGGUAAA